AUGUCACUGGUUAGUAUCUUGGCUCCACUGGUUACUUCUGAGGGCUUAGAUUCAAGAAUCAAACCCUCAUCGAGAAAAGGUGCUUCUCCCCCAACGAAGCCAUCGCUAUGGAGAACCACCGAGUUCAAAUUAUACUAUGUUGCCUUUAUAGUCGUGGUUCCACUAAUGUUCUAUGCUGGAUUACAGGCUAGUUCGUCCGAAAACCCAAACUAUACAAGAUACGAACGUCUCUUAUCUCAAGGUUGGUUAUUUGGUAGGAAAGUGGAUAAUAGUGAUUCUCAAUACAGAUUUUUCAGAGACAAUUUUGCACUAUUGUCGAUUUUAAUGAUUGCUCACACCUGCAUAAAACGUGUCGUUCUUUAUUCAACAAAUAUCACUAAAUUAAGAUUUGAUCUAGUAUUUGGCUUGAUCUUCCUGGUGGCUGCUCACGGUGUCAAUUCGAUAAGAAUUUUAACCCAUAUGCUAAUUUUAUAUACUAUAGCUCAUGCAUUCAAGAAUUACAGAAAAAUAGCUACUGUCAGCAUUUGGAUUUAUGGUAUUUCUACGCUUUUCAUUAAUGACAGCUUCAGAACAUAUCCAUUCGGCAACCUUUGCUUUCUUUUGAGCCCAUUAGAUCACUGGUAUAGAGGUAUUAUUCCAAGAUGGGACGUUUUUUUUAACUUUACUCUCCUGAGAGUUUUAAGUUACAACUUAGACUUUUUAGAAAGAUGGGAGAAUUUCCAAACGAAGAAGAACCCGUCCUACGAAUCAAAGGAAGCUAAAUCGGCAAUUAUGCUCAACGAACGUGCUAGGCUAACUGCUGCCCACCCAAUUAAAGACUACAACUUAAUGAAUUACAUUGCAUAUGUCACUUAUACCCCGCUUUUCAUUGCUGGCCCCAUCAUUACAUUCAAUGAUUAUGUAUACCAAUCGAAACAUACUUUGCCAUCAAUUAAUUUCAAAUUUAUCUCUUACUAUGCAAUGAGAUUCAUUAUUGCUAUCUUAUCUAUGGAGUUCAUUUUACAUUUCCUUUACGUAGUGGCAAUAUCAAAAACCAAAGCUUGGGAAAAUGAUACCCCUUUCCAGAUUUCCAUGAUUGGCUUAUUUAAUCUGAAUAUUAUUUGGCUGAAGCUUCUUAUUCCAUGGAGGUUGUUUAGACUAUGGGCUUUAAUAGAUGGAAUCGAUACACCUGAAAACAUGAUCAGGUGUGUUGAUAACAAUUACAGUGCGUUAGCUUUUUGGAGAGCUUGGCAUAGAAGCUAUAAUAAAUGGGUUGUCCGUUAUAUAUAUAUUCCUCUAGGCGGCUCAAAAAACAGAAUACUGACAUCUUUAGCUGUAUUUUCCUUUGUGGCUAUAUGGCAUGACAUUCAAUUAAAGCUAUUAUUAUGGGGUUGGUUAAUCGUUCUUUUCCUCUUGCCGGAAAUUUUUGCUACCCAAGUUUUCUCUCAUUAUACUGACGCAGUCUGGUACAGACAUGUUUGCGCUAUUGGUGCUGUUUUCAACAUAUGGGUAAUGAUGAUCGCUAAUCUAUUUGGAUUCUGCUUGGGUACUGAUGGUACUAAAAAACUGCUAAGCGAUAUGUUUUGCACCGUUUCUGGCUUCAAAUUUGUUAUUUUGGCAAGCGCUAGUUUGUUUAUCGCAGUUCAAAUAAUGUUUGAAAUUAGAGAGGAAGAAAAGAGGCAUGGGAUUUUCUUAAAAUGUUAA